UGCGCCCUGGCGCUGCUGCUGGCGCUGCCCGCGGCCCGCGGCACCAGCGCCCCGCCGCGCGACGCCGACUUCGACCGCAGCUACCGCGACUGGGUCACCAGCGACACCAUCAACAUCUACGCCUUCAACCACACCGUGUCCCGCAACAGGACGGAGGGCGUGCGCGUGUCGGUGAACGUCCUCUCGGAGCAAAACGACAUGCCCGUGCUCUUCGUGGUGAGGCAGAAGGAGGCCGUGGUGUCCUUCCAGGUGCCGCUCGUGCUCCGCGGCCUCUACCAGCGCAAGUACCGCUACCAGGACGUGAGCCGCACGCUGUGCCAGCCCCAGGCCAAGACGGAGCUGGAGACGCAGCACUUCUACGUGGACGUGUCCACGCUGUCGCCCCGCAACACCUCCUACCAGCUGCGGGUGACGCGCGUGGAGAACUUUGUGCUGCGGACGGAGCAGCCCUUCAGCUUCAACGCCACGGCCGCCCAGCCGCAGUACUUCAAGUACGAGUUCCCCGAGGGAGUGGACUCGGUGAUCGUGAAGGUGACCUCGGCCAUGGCCUUCCCCUGCUCCGUCAUCUCCAUCCAGGACAUCCUGUGCCCCGUCUACGACCUGGACAACAACGUGGCCUUCAUCGGCAUGUACCAGACCAUGACGAAGAAGGCGGCCAUCACGGUGCAGAAGAAGGACUUCCCCAGCAACAGCUUCUACGUGGUGGUGGUGGUGAAGACRGAGGACGAGGCGUGCGGCGGGGCCCUGCCCUACUACCCCUUCUCCAAAGAUGAACCCAUGGAUCAGGGCAACCGGCAGAAGACGCUGGAGGUGGUGGUGUCACCGGCCAUCACGUCGGAGGCCUACGUGAGCAGCAUGCUCUUCUGCCUGGGCAUCUUCCUCUCCUUCUACAUCAUCACGCUGCUGCUCGCCUGCUGGGAGAACUGCCGGCAACAGCGCCGCAGGAAGGGGCUCCUGGCGGCCAUGGACUCGCCCAGCCUGGACACGGCGGCCCUACUGGGGCACAGCCGGAGCCUCCCCGACUCCUUCCUGGGACAUGCCCCCUACGACGGCUGCGGCUACGGCUCCUUCGAGAACGGCUCCAGCGCCAGCACCGAGGCCAUCACGGACAGCAUGGGCUCCGCGGAGGCCUCCUACGGCUACGCGGGGGACCGGUCGCUGGAGAACGUGGCCAGCCGGCCGCGCCUGGACUCGCUCAGCUCCGUGGAGGAGGACGACUACGACACGCUGGCCGACAUCGACUACGACAAGAACGUCAUCCGCACCAAGGUGCGUGCGCCGCUCGUCAUCACGUACCAGACGGUGGUGAACGUCACGGGCAACCAGGACAUCUGCUACUACAACUUCCUCUGCGCCCACCCGCUGGGCAACCUCAGCGCCUUCAACAACAUCCUCAGCAACCUGGGCUACGUCCUGCUCGGCCUGCUCUUCCUGCUCAUCAUCCUGCAGCGGGAGAUCAACUACAACCGCGCGCUCCUGCGCAACGACACGCACGCCCUGGAGUGCGGCAUCCCCAAGCACUUCGGCCUCUUCUACGCCAUGGGCACGGCGCUCAUGAUGGAGGGGCUGCUGAGCGCCUGCUACCACGUGUGCCCCAACUACACCAACUUCCAGUUCGACACCUCCUUCAUGUACAUGAUCGCCGGGCUCUGCAUGCUCAAGCUCUACCAGAAGCGGCACCCGGACAUCAACGCCAGCGCCUACAGCGCCUACGCCUGCCUGGCCAUCGUCAUCUUCUUCUCCGUGGUCGGCGUGGUGUUCGGCAAGGGCAACACGGCCUUCUGGAUCGUCUUCUCCGUCAUCCACAUCACGGCCACGCUGCUGCUGAGCACCCAGCUCUACUACAUGGGGCGCUGGAAGCUGGACUCGGGCAUCCUGCGCCGCAUCGUGCACGUGCUCUACACGGACUGCGUGCGCCAGUGCAGCGGGCCCAUGUACGUGGAUCGCAUGGUGCUCCUCAUCAUGGGCAACAUCAUCAACUGGUCGCUCGCUGCCUACGGCCUCAUCGUGCGCCCCAACGACUUCGCCUCCUACCUGCUGGCCAUCGGCAUCUGCAACCUCCUGCUCUACUUUGCCUUCUACAUCAUCAUGAAGCUGCGCAGCGGCGAGCGCAUCCAGCUCAUCCCGCUGCUCUGCAUCGUCUGCACCUCCGUGGUGUGGGGCUUCGCGCUCUUCUUCUUCUUCCAGGGCCUCAGCACCUGGCAGAAAACGCCGGCCGAGUCCCGUGAGCACAACCGCGACUGCAUCCUGCUCGACUUCUUCGACGACCACGACAUCUGGCACUUCCUCUCCUCCAUCGCCAUGUUCGGCUCCUUCCUGGUGCUGCUCACGCUGGACGACGACCUGGACUGCGUGCAGCGGGACAAGAUCUACGUGUUCUAGGCGGCCCGUGGGCAGGAUGCAGGUGCCGGGCUGCCGCCGGCCGCGCCGUCCCUGUCCCACGUGCGCGGUGAUGCCGCGCUGGGGGCCAUGCCUUGCUGCCAAGCGCCCCGGGCCGCG